AUGUCACGUGUUGUUUCAGGUGGAUUGCCCGAUCGUUACAAACAGGCCAAACCAGAAGAAACUCAUGAGGUUCAACCCUUCCUCAGAGUAAACAAAGAUGGAAUAGAUUUGGGCAAACAAGAAGUAACUCAUGAGGUUCUGCCCUAUCUUAAAGUAUACAAAGAUGGAACAAUAGAGAGACUUGCUGGGCCUGAUGUUGUCCCAGCCGCCUUUGAUCCUCAAACCGGCGUUUUAUCGAAAGACAUCGAAAUCAUGCUAGAUGCCAAAGUGUCAGCCAGACUCUAUCGUCCCAAUCUCAUAAACGAUCAAACCAAUAAUCAAAAGCUUCCUCUCGUGGUGUACUUUCAUGGUGGAGCCUUUCUCAUCUGCUCUACCGGCGAACCAGUAAAAGCCCCAGAGCACCCUUUUCCAACUGCGUACAAUGACUCCUGGGACGUCCUUCAAUGGGUGGCUUCACAUGCCUACGGAGCUGGCAGUGAAGCUUGGCUUACAGACAACACCGACUUUGGCCAGGUGCUCUUGGUAGGGGAUAGUGCAGGAGCAAAUACUGCACACCACAGGGCUAUACGGCACCAGUGUUCCAACCAUGCCAUAAGACUGAAGUUGGCUGGAAUUGUUUUGAUCCACCCAUACUUUUGGGGGGUGGAACCGAUUGGUUCAGAGGUUACAGACCUGGUAAGAAAAUCGAUGGUGGACAAGUGGUGGCAGUUUGUUUGCCCAUCGAACAGAGGAAACGAUGAUCUGCUAAUCAACCCAUUCGCAAAUGGGGCACCUAGUCUAGAAAGUUUGGAGUGUGAUCGAGUUCUUGUGUGUGUUGCAGAGAAGGAUACACUGAGGGACAGAGGGAGACUCUAUUAAGACUCAUUGGUGAAAAGUAAUUGGAAGGGAGCGGCGGAGAUAAUAGAGUCAGAAGAGGAGGACCAUGUUUUCCACAUUUUCAAUCCCAAUUGUGAG